CCGAACGAAGUGUUGGGCUUGUGAAGCUAGUAUCAACAAUAACGAAUUUUCGAGCAAUUUUCGUUAUUGAACCUUCUUUACUUGCCCUGUCCUCGUCCCCUAGCGACGGAGAAGGAGGAGGAUAAGUGGGGUGAUCGGAAGCAAGAAAAAGGGGAGAAAGAGCGUGAUAUCUGCGAGAAAGAGUGGAGUACAGAGGACGCGUGAAGCACUCGCGAGAGAGAAAUGCCCAGCAAGUGACACAGUCAACAGGCAAGAUGGACAAUAGCAUGUAUUACCAGUACAACCGAUUUGCUGACAAAGGCAAGUCGGAGCAUGAAGGCUAUGCAACAGCCCCUCCAAUUACAAAUACAGUACAGAAUUCAAGCCAGUUUGGCAAAUUUGGAGGGACCACAAUGCAGAGGCAAUCACAGUACCAAGGGUCAUACAAUUCAAUGGACACCAGUGAAUCCAGCCAGUCCAACAAGUUUGGAAAUACAUCCCAAAGACCACAGCAGUAUAGUGAGUCUGGUGAUGCAGGCAAACCAGAUGCAUCACAGACAGAGAGGUAUGGAAGUGGAUCACAGAAGCAAGGACAGUAUGAUACAUCGUACGAAAUGAUGGACAUGCAGAAUUCAAAUAGGUAUGGGAGUGGCUAUGGAAAUCCAUACAUGAUGGGGGGUUACUAUGAUGACUAUGGGCAUUCAGGUUAUUAUAGUGACUACGGGAUGUACAGUGGCUAUGGCUAUUCACAUUCAUCAGAAAGGUAUGGAGAGAUGGAUUACUAUGGUAGUUCAAAUAUGCAGGAAGGUUACGGUGGUUCCAGUCAGUCUGGGAACUAUGGAAAUGGGAGUCAGUCAAAUAAUAAAUUUGGCACCAAGGACCAGUCUGAGGACUAUGGAAGUUAUAUGACGAAUAGGUUUACAAAUAAAACCCAAAGUGAGAACUAUGGAACCCCGCCUCCCCCACCAGGCAACAGAUUUGGAAGUAAGGAUCAGCCAAAUAAUUAUGAGCCCCCUCCACCACCCCCACCAAGCCGGUUUGGGAAUAAAGAUCAGCCAAAUAACUAUGGGACUCCACCACCACCGCCAAACCGAUUUGGCAGCAAAGAUCUACCUAAUUUAUACGGAACUCCACCGCCCCCUCCAAGCAGAUUUGGGACCAAGGAACAGUCAAGCAAUUAUGGAACACAGCCACCUCCACCUGGUCGGUUUGGAAACAAGGACCAAGUGGAAAACUAUGGAACUCCUCCACCUCCUCCACCAAGUCGCUUUGGAGGCAAGGAUCCACCAAACAAGUACGACCAGCCACCCCCUCCUCCUCCAAGUCGCUUUGGCAGCAAGGAUCAACCAAAUAAUUACUCCAACCCUCCUCCUCCUCCAGGCAGAUUUGGAAACAAAGAUCAGGGAGACACCUUUGGAAAAUCAAGUGUUCCAAGCCGAUUUGGAAAUAAUGACAAUGACAGUGGUGGAUAUGGAACUCCACCUCUAGGCAACAGAUAUGGAGGCAAAGACAUGUCAAACAGGUUUGGAGGUAAUGACCAGGGAGAUGGCUACUCAAGCUCCUAUCAAAACAACCGGUUUGGGAAUUCAGAUUACUCGGACGGCUACAGCAAACCAAACCAAGGGAACAGGCCUGGUAAUUCCGGCCCUUCAAAUAAAUUUGGAAACACAGACCAGAUGAACAGGUUUAACAAUGAGGAUCCCCCAGAAAACUACGGGGGAAACCAAGGCUACUCUAACAGAUAUGGCGGUGGAAAUGAUCGUGAUGACUAUAGGAGCUCAGAUCAAAUGGACAGGUUUGGAAAGCCACCUCAGCAUAACAAAUCCAACAUGCCCAACUCAUCAAAUGCACCUAACACAUCACAGAGCUUACUGGGAACACCAAACAUGAACCAGCAAAAUAAUUUUGGAAACAAUACAAACAAGCAGAAGCAGCAGCAACCAGCAGCAGCCAAGCAGCAGCAGCAGCAGCAGCAGCAGCAGCAACAGCAGCAACAGAAGCAACAACAACAGCAACAGCAACAGCAGUCACAGCAGCAUCAGAACAAACCAACACAGAGUUACUCCCAAAUUCAGGAAAACAAAACUCAAUGGGAAACUCAGGGCAGAAAUUCAACCCUGCUCCAGGGCUCUUAGAUCUACCACGCAGCAACCAGAUGAAUAAAUUUGGAAUUGGGAACCAGAAGCAGCAGCAGCAGCAACAACAGCAACAGCAACAACAGCAGCAGCAGCAGCCAUUUGGCAUAAUGCCAAGUCUUUUAGGGUUUCCUGAUGCAGAAAUGUUUAA